GCCCUAUACUUUUUCUUUUUUUUCUUUUUCUUUCUUUCUUUCCUGGCUUUGUACUCUUUUGAUAUAGAGACUGAGGACUGCUCAGGAGUCCCCAUUUUUCUCUUCAGAGUUAAAAUUAAAAGUGAGAAAAUCUACUACUACUUCCUAAGAGGAGAGGACUUACCAUCGACCAAUAGUUCCCUCUUUAUGUCUCCGGUAAACCAUGAAUCCCAUGAGCCAUCUGGUGGCUGGAUCUGAGCUAGAACCCAGAAGCUAGUUCUGGGGUCAGGUUAAGGAGAAUAGGUCACAGUCGCUGGACAGUGAGGUCACAAAAAGGUUUAUGUGCCCCAGACUCCAUGGGGGUGGAGCCUAGAUGAUCGAGGGGCCCUAGAGGUCCCCCAAGCCCAGACUGGGGACAUGGUGUGGGAAAGGCAGCGGGGACAGGGGCCUGGGGCCUGGGGAGCCAAGGGGCCUGGAGAGAUGAGGGCAGGAGCAGGGAGGGGACAGUCAGGAUGUUGAGGAGAAGCCGGAGACAGAAGCUGCAAAAAUUGACCAGGCUGUGCAGACAGGAGGAGGGGAUCAGGGUGAAGCGCAGCUGCCCUUCUUGCGGUCUGGAGGCUGGGAACGAGGAGAGAGGGAACCCUAUUUCUGUACAGUUGUUCCCCCCAGAGCUGGUGGAACACAUCGUCUCCUUCCUCCCCGUCAAAGAUGUUGUCGCCCUAGGCCAGACCUGCCACUACUUCCACGAAGUGUGUGAUGCCGAGGGCGUGUGGAGACGCAUCUGUCGAAGGCUCUGUCCACGCGUCCGUGACCAGGGCUCUGGUGCCCGGCCCUGGAAGAGAGCUGCCAUCCUUAACUAUACAAAGGGCCUGUAUUUCCAGGCAUUCGGAGGACGACGCCGAUGUCUCAGCAAGAGUGUGGCCCCCAUGCUAGCCCAUGGCUACCGCCGCUUCUUACCCACGAAGGACCAUGUGUUCAUUCUUGACUAUGUGGGGACCCUCUUCUUCCUCAAAAACGCUCUGGUGUCCUCCACCCUCGGCCAGAUCCAGUGGAAGCGGGCCUGCCGCUACGUGGUGCUGUGUCGAGGUGCUAAGGAUUUUGCCUCCGACCCAAGAUGUGACACGGUUUACCGGAAAUACCUCUACGUCUUGGCCACUCGGGAGCAGCCGGCUGUGGCGGGCGCCCCCGGCAGCCGGGCCUGCGACUGUGUGGAGGUCUAUCUGCAGUCCAGCGGCCAGCGGGUCUUCAAGAUGACAUUCCACCCCUCCAUGAGCUUCAAGCAGAUCGUGCUGGUCGGCCAGGAGACCCAGCGGGCCCUGCUGCUCCUCACAGAGGAAGGGAAGAUCUACUCCUUGGUAGUGAAUGAGACCCAGCUGGACCAGCCACGCUCCUACACGGUACAGCUGACCCUCAGGAAGGUGUCGCGAUGCCUGCCUCACCUUCGUGUGACGUGCAUGGCUUCCAACCAGAGCAGCACCCUCUACAUCACAGACCAGGGGGGAGUGUAUUUUGAGGUGCACACCCCAGGGGUGUAUCGUGAUCUCUUUGGGACCCUCCAAGCCUUUGACCCUCUGGACCACCAGAUGCCACUUGCUCUCUCCCUGCCUGCCAAGGUCCUAUUCUGUGCUCUUGGCUACAAUCACCUUGGCCUGGUGGAUGAAUUUGGCCGGAUCUUUAUGCAGGGAAAUAACAGAUAUGGGCAGCUGGGAACUGGAGACAAAAUGGACCGAGGGGAACCCACACUGGUUCAUUAUCUACAGCGUCCCAUUGCCCUGUGGUGUGGCCUCAACCAUUCCUUGGUGCUGAGUCAGACCUCGGAUUUCAGCAAGGAGCUGCUGGGGUGCGGCUGUGGGGCUGGAGGCCGCCUUCCUGGCUGGCCUAAGGGGAGUGCCUCCUUUGUCAAGCUACAUAUCAAGGUCCCCUUGUGUGCCUGCUCCCUCUGCUCCACCAGAGAGUGUCUCUAUAUGCUGUCCAGCCACGACAUCGAACAAUGCCCCGUCUAUCGAGACCUGCCAGCCAGCAGGGUGGGGGGAAGCCCUGAACCUAGCCAGGGGGCUGGAGCCCCUCAAGACCCUGGGGGAACAGCCCAGGCCUGUGAGGAGUACCUCAGCCAGAUCCACAGUUGCCCCACGUUGCAGGACCGAAUGGCGAAGAUGAAGGAGAUUGUGGGCUGGAUGCCCUUGAUGGCGGCCCAGAAAGAUUUCUUCUGGGAGGCACUGGACAUGCUGCAGAGGGCUGCUGGUGGGGGCGGCCCAGGCACCUCGAACCCUGAGAGCUGACCCUCCUCUAGCCUUUACUCCUGAAGGAAAUCAGGCCCUGGGCUAGGGGCUGAGGAGAGAUGGAGAGGCAAACAACAUUGUGUGUACAUGGGAGCCGGGGUGGGGGUUGGGCUGGGUCGUGGGGAGUAGUGCUGGACAUGUCAGGGUAGGGUAGGGACUCUUUUUUAAAUAUUCAGGGGGCUGCCCAGGUGGGGCCCCAAUCUGACUAUCAUGGACAAGAAAUUUGAUGGACAAUAGAAUAAAAGGCUAAAGAAAGGCCUGUUUUGAAACCCUGGGCCUUAUGGGGGACAAGGGGGACGGGAUGGAGGGGGCCUUGGCUGGGGAGGGAGGAAGGGAGGGAGGCAGAAAGAGCCCAAGCUGUUGGUUUACUGAGCAAUGCCAACACCCCAACUCACUCCAGAAAGCUCACUUGGUCUUUCUGAUGGGGAAGUCGGGCCUGGUCUUGUGGAGUAACUCAAGUCAACACACCUUGUUUUCCCCGUUUGGAACCUCCGCUGGGUCUGGAACCUUAACGCGAACCUGUUCAUUUUGUUUGUGACAGCGCCUC